AUGUCAUCCAGACCGAACACGCCUGGAAACCGCCGGCGGGACUCCUCCAGAAAAUCACAUAGGUCUUCCGGCUUGCAUCUCGUACUUCCGCCUUCACCCAAUGUUCAUUACCCCAUCACUGAAGAAUCCACCCCUUUAGAAUCUGAUCGUAAUAUAGAAAGACUAGAAAACUUGUCUGAGUCGGCUGCUCAGCUCUCCCACAAUAUGACUGAGCUAUCUAAAAUUCACAAUGCUGUGAACACGCAGUUCAAUGAGCCGUUUGCAAGUUUCCUCUAUGGCUUGUUUCUCACGAUGUUCUGCAACAGUUUCCCAGGAUGCCCAACAUAUGAGCAAUUCGAAAGCAUACUCAAAGCACGCAAUAAUGAGCAGAAAAUUGAGGAAUUGAAUGGCCGUAUAAGCAAGGCUAAGGAGGAAAACGCCAGGCUCCAACAGUUAAUAGCACAAGCGGGACCUCAACGAGUGACAUCCGCGUCUAUUGGAGACGUCACCAGAACAACUCCAUACUCAAGAGCCAGACUCCAGAGACCCAAUGUCCGGACCGGCUUGUAUCCUACACCUACCAGAAAGAAAGUCACUGUGGCUCAGGAUGACACCUCAACUUCUGAGUCCUUUGCCGACACAUCAGCGACUAAGACAAGUUCAUCUUCCAAAAUUCCACAACCUUCUGUGCAAACAAGAACCGGUCCUAAUCUUAAUCAGCCACCGCGUUAUAUGCGGGGAUUAUUUGACAAGACGCCCACUAAUAACAUCGCUCGAGGCAAUCAGAGAGUAUCAAAAAAGGCGUCAUCUCGUUCUGAAAAAGGAAGGUUCACGCAUACCAGCCGAAGUACGAAACAUCGACCACCAUUUCGUUAA